GGUGGUGGCGGGCGGAGACGCGGGGGGAAACAGCUCCCGGAGAGAACUUCCGGGACAGACCGAGCCCCUCCCCUGCCAUUCAAAACUUCAGCUGGCCCCCUCGCGGUUGGGGCGGGGGUGUCUGUCUAGUUCCGCGUCUUUUGUUUUUUGUUUUUGUCUUCUGUGCCACGAGUGACCAAGUAAAAGAAAAAAGGACAGUCGGCCACACUCUUUGAUGAGUCAAAGGUUUUAUUCAGAGAAUGUUGGAAUUCCUCAUUUUCCUCAAGAUUUUGAAGUUGCAAAAUAUAACACCUUGGAAAAAGUAGGGACAGAGGGAGGUAAGGAGACGGCCAUGGUGGAGCUGAGGUGCCCCCAGAGCCCCGAGGACCCCGGGGACCACGGCUUUCUGAUAUCCGCACACUUCCUCCUGGCCGACGGCGUCGAGACCAGGAGGCAGUUCUCUGUAAAGAAAACCUCUGCAGAUGCGAGUGAAUACUAUGAAAAUUACAUUGAAGAGCUGAAGAAACAAGGGUUUCCACUAAGAGAACAUCUGGCACCCGAAGCAACCCAGCUAGCAUCUGAAAAACUGCAAGCACUCCUUUCAGAGGAGGCCGUAAAUUCAAGCGUUCUGAGCCUGUGGGCGGAAGCUCUCGGCCGCCUGGGGCACACAGUGCUCAGACCGGUGCACAGGACGAGCCUUAAUGACGUGAGCAAGGCAGAGGGAAUUCUCCUCCUAGUAAAGGAAGAGCUGAGAAAUGGAGAAACAGAGGAACAAGUGCAGACGAUGAUGGCUGAGUUCUACAGGUUAAUACCUCACAGAGCCGCCCCGGCCGAGAAGGUCAGCCUGAGGCUGCUGGCUAAGAAAGAGGACCUCUGCCUGCUAAUAAGAGACAUGGUUAACCUCUGUGAAACUAAUUUGUCCAAACCCAACCCACCAUCUCUUGCCAAAUACCGAGCUCUGAGAUGCAAAAUUGAGCAUGUUGAACCGAACACUGAAGAAUUUUUCAGAGUUAGAGGUGUUGCAGAAUAAUCACAGUAAGAGUCCAGUGGACAUCUUGCAGAUAUUUAGAGUUGGCAGACUGAGUGAAACCACGGAGUUUUUGAGCCACCUUGGCAAUGUGACGCCCUCGCUGCACAGGUCCCCUGUACAGAGCUUUGUAGGAAUCCUGUCCUGGAAUAUUCCCUGGGAUUUUGAGAAAAUAAAGAAAGCAAGUGAAUGGCUAAGAAGAACUGAAGGGCAGUAUCCAUCUAUCUGCCAACGGCUCGAGCUGGGGAAAGACUAGGACUCUGCCACCAAACAGCUGCUGGGGCCCCAACCCGGAUACACCCCUUCCCCUCUUCACAGACUUCUUAAGUACAGUCAAGGCUGAAGCACAUGAAGUUGUCUUUUAAACCUUUUUCAUGCUUCCAUGUAUACAAUAAUCAGAUACUAAUAGACACCUAUAAUGAAAUCUAAUUAUGAUUUUAUUCAGUGUAGCAAUCACUUUAAAAUAAGUGGAAGCAGUCUAUUGUUUUAAUGAACUAACCAGCAAUUAUAAAAAUUCCAGGGAAUUCCCUGGCAGUCCAGUGGUUAGGACUCUGAGCUUUUGGUGCCGGGGACCUAGGUUCCACCCCUGGUUGGGGAGCUAAGAUCCCACAAGCUGAGCGGCACAGCCAAAAAAAAAGUUUUUUUAAUAAAAAAAUUAAAAUUCCGGUAUUACAGACUUUUUUGUGUCUGAAUACUUUAAGGUGAUGAGAGACGCAUCGGGAUGGAGCUGGAAGCGUAGUUCCUUCUCCCCUCUCAGGAGGCUGGCAGGGAGCUGGCGCAGCCAGGCUGAGCAAGCUGGGAGGAAACAAGCCUGUUUCUGGGCCGGGUGUUGAACCUGGGCCCACCUGGCACUUGGGGUGCACGCUCCCUGGUGUGGGCCCUCAUCUGCAGAUCCCUGCACACCUUUCUUUUUUUUUUGGCUGCACCACGCAGCUUGUGGCAUCGCAGUUCCCUGACCAGGGAUCCAACCGGCCCGGCAGUGAAAGCACAGAAUCCUAACCACUGGACCACCAAGGAAGUCCCUGGACACCUUUCUUAUUGCGUAGAGAAACUGGGUGUCCCGAGCAAUUCUUUGGUGGAUCUUGCUUUUGGUGUUGCAUCAAAAAUCUCACCACCAGACGAAGGUCAUCUAGAUUUUCUCCUAUGUUAUGUUCUAGAAGUUUUAUAGCUUUGCAUUGUUUGUUUAGGCCUCUGAUCCAUCUUGAGUUUUCCUUGUGAAGGGAGUGAGGUCUCUGUCCAGUUUACUCCACGCGACCCCUUCCAGGCCGUUUCCGCUCUGCCUUUAUGUAGAACCCCAGUGUCUUUGACAUUCAGUCCUGGCUGUCCUCCCACCUGUCCUGCCCGUCACCCCUCCCGCACAUAGGUGCAGGGUUUCCUUCCUGCUGCGGGGUCUGCCCGCCUCUCCAGUGGCUCCCAACACCCUGAUGAGGGACCCUGUGAGCCUGCUGGUGCCCGAGGCAACGGGCCUCCUCCCACCUUCCUCCCCGAUGAGGCAUGAAGCUCAGGACCUGUCCCACUACUCACACUGCAGACGUCCGGCUCCGUUCGGGGCCGUGGGCCCAGGGCCAAGGGGAGCUGGCAUCUUCGACUACUCUGCCUUUUGCUGUUUAUAUAUAUAUAAACCAUCUAAAUCUGAAACGGGCUUGUUAUAUCUUUACUGGCCAAAUCAGUCAGGUCUUGGCCCUGGCCUGCCCUGCUUGUUUGCUUGGUGUAAUUACAGAAGACAAACCGGGUACCUCCUUACACUGUUACUGGAAACAUAUACUAGUCAAACAAAAUUUUGCAAUGUUUAUCAAAAUUUAAAUCACUGUGCAGUGGUCAUUUCAUAAUGUAUAGAAAUAUCGAAUUACUAUGUUGUGCACCAGGAACUAAUAUAGUGUUGUAGGUCAAUUAUGCUUCAAAAACAAACAAGCAAACUCAUGGAAAAAGAGAUCAGACCUGUGGUUACCAGAGAUGGGGGUGGUGGGAGGGGAGAGUGCGCGAAGGUGGUCCAAAGGUGCAAACUUCCAGUCAUACGACAAGUAGGUACUAGGGCUGUGAUGUGCAGCAUGACGAAUAGAAUGAGCGCUGCCGUGUGUUAUAUAUGAGAGUGGUUCGGAGACUAAAUCCCAAGAGUUCUCGUCACAGGAAGAAUAGUUUUCUUUUAUUUUGUGUCUAUGUGAGAUGACGGAUGUUCACUAGACUUACCGUGGUCAUCAUUUCAUCGUGUAUGUAGGUCAGAUCAUUAUGCUGUACAUCUAAAACUUACACAGUGCUGUGUGUCAGUUAUAUCUCAAUAAAACUGGAAGAAAAAAUUAAAUCA